GGCACAAGGGCAGGACCACAUCCCGGAGCUGCCUGAAGCAGCUGGCUCUUUCUUCGCACUUAACCGUGUCCUAUUUUGGUUAAAACACCAAAGAGAGCAUCGCGCUGCUUUGCUCUGGACGCGACUCCACAGCCUCAGCGGGGAAUCUGAGUCGGAAUCUGGAGACGAGAGGCUGCCGACACCGCGGAGAAAGUGACGGACGGAGCAGAGCCUGGUCGCUGGGAUUUUUUUUUUUCUAAUCGCGUCGCAUCAGUUAAGGAUAUUUCAGGCAGCGGCUUUGGCCCUGCUUUGAUUUCUUUCAGGGUACUUUUACACGAUAUUGCCUAGAUAAUAACAUUCUUCUAACAAUUGCAUGGUACAAUUCCCAUUCCUGUUCCCAGGCGGACCACUUUAAACCCGUGCGUAACGCCCGGGGAUUUGGGGACACUGCGUAGCCGUCCAGUCGUCCACUGUUCCGACUAUCAGCUCCGCUGAUAGGGAAUAUAUCUGCACGCAGGUCAAAAUAAGAGCGAUCACAGGAACAAGAUCGCUUCUUAUUUCUGUUCCGGAGGCUAAACGUCAAAAACCCCGACGCGUACUUGGUGCGCAAUCCCUCCGAGGACGCUCCUGUAAUUGUCGACCUGCGCUUUUGCACCCGACAAAAAUUGGCAGGCGAAUCCAGGGAGAAGAAAAGACGAAGCUUAUUAACUUUGCAUGCCAGGAGCGAGAGUGUGGAAUCUAAUUCGCGGGGUUACCGGCACAUUUGCAUACCUUCCGAAGAGGAUAAACUUAAUCAGCGUUUGACAUCGACAAAGCGGCUGCUGCUGGAUUUGGGGGAACAGAAUGAAUCCGUUUUAAUUUGGACCUCAGAAGUAUCAGGCAGAUUGAUCAGUGAACACUACAAUCUGCAUGGAGUUCUAGUCUACACCACGGAGCAAUUUAUGGUUGGCCUUAGAACUCCCCCGGCUGUCGUACUGUGCCCACCUCGCCAUGCUGGCCUGUCUGCAGAGGAGGCAAAACCCUCCACCCCAGCACCCGGUGUGUGUCAGCAAGACCCUGGAGCCUCCACAAGCCCUUGGACGGAAAUGUGAGCUUCUGGUGCCCACACAUUCCCCGCGCUACCCCACUGCGGCAGAACUUGAUGCCUACGCUCAGAAGACGGCCAACAGCCCUCUGUCCAUCAAGAUCUUCCCCACUAACAUCAGGGUUCCCCAGCACAAGCACCUUAACCGGACUGUGAAUGGAUAUGACACCACAGGGCAACGCUAUGCUCCCUACCCACAUAUCCACACGGGAGGCUACCAGGGACUGCUCGCCAUCCUCAAGGCCUCCUCCUCGUCAUCGUCGCUAUCAUCGACUUCCACUUUUGGCCCUUCAAAAGGUGUUCUCAAGAAUGCCGAAGGCAGACGGACUAAACUUUCUCCAGCCCACAUAGCUAUUGCCCCAUACCCACCCCCUAAUAAUAGCACUUUAGCCAGUGGCCACGGCCAAAUGGUUUACCACGCUGCGCCCUCAAAGCCUCCAGAAGGCUCUGGACUGUCGGUUCCCCCAAAUGUCACUGUAGCUGGCUCAGUGAUUCCUGUAACAGGGGGCCGAGGCCUUGCCCUGCCCGCACAGUCCAACCUCCCAUCAAUCCAGAGCAUCAUCUACCAGAUCAAUCAGCAUUGCCAAGCCCAGGCUCUGCAGCAGGUGUGUCAAGGGGCUACAGCUGCGCCAUCAAAUUCCAGCCCCUCCAAGCAGGGAACUACAACUAUCAUGGGGGUUUCUUCUAGCUCAUCAGGUGGAGGCUAUGUGGUAGGAAUGGCUCCCCAGGCUAACAUGGUGUACGCAGGGCCAGCGCUGCCAGCACAGAAUGCUGAGGCAAUGAAAACUGGUGUGUACACAGACAGUAUGGACUAUAUCCUUUGGCAGAAACAGCAGCAACAACAACACCAACAUCAACAGCAGCAGCAGCAGGCCGUGCUCCGCAUGUACAGUGGAGGCAGUGGAGGAGGGGCCGCCAACAGCAAGUCCCCAGAGUCUUGUGUUCCAGGUGGAGGGAUCAUGGCUGCCCAAGUGUCCUCCUCCUCCUCCAGACCUUAUCAUCUGACAGCUAGUGCCAGCGGCGGAGGCGGUCUAGACAAAGUCAGCUCUUCCCCUUUGAACUGUGUGGGUAUGCAUGGAAAUUUCUCAGUGGGUCAGUACUUUGCUCCGCCGUGGAACAGUGUGCUGGUGACACCGGACAGUGACUGCUACAACCCCCAGGAGCUUUUGGGCACCUCCACAGGAGGGCCAGUCACGGGGCACAGAGAGAUGGGCUAUCCCCACCACCAUCACCACUACCACCACCCUCAUCAUCACCACCCUGCCAUAGACAGUGGGGGAGGUUUGUGCUGCAGCCUGCCCAGCAAGAGCCUGUGCAACACGUCUGUGCUGAGCAGCAGCUUGCAGUCUCUGGAGUACCUGAUCAACGACAUCCACCCGCCCUGCAUCAAGGAGCAGAUGCUUGGCAAAGGCUACGAGACUGUGUCUGUGCCACGUCUGUUAGACCACCAGCAUGCACACAUCCGCCUCCCUGUUUACAGAUAGAGGGGGCAGACGAAGAGGAAAAGAAUCAAGGGUUGUGAAUUUGUGAAGUAAACCAUAAAAAACACAGAUGUUUUUCGGUUGGGGUACAGAGUUGUUGUGAGUGGCACUGCUUUAACUAGUGUGGGGGCUUAGACAAGCACAGUUGUGCUGUGUGACUUUAGGUUUGGUGGUUUCAAGGCAGGCUGUGUGAAUCCCAAAUAUGAAAAGUGUUAGUGAAUACCAGAGGGAGAGAAAAGGGAUUUCAAGAUUCUCCAGAUGUUCCUUUGUGUGGUUUGCCAAUAGGAAUUUUGGAUUGAUUAUUAUUUUUUUUUCUCAUUUUAUUUUUUUUUGUGUGUGUUUUUGUUUUGUUUUCUUGUUUUACUUGCUUGAACAUUUUUGAGAAUCAUAGCUUGACAUGAAGUGCAUACGCCACUUGUACCCCACCCCCCCCCACCCCUUGCAAAUACUAAGGAUGAAGCUACUGUGUAGGUUGUCACUGAAAUGGUCCUGAAAAGGCCAAGUUUUAGGGCUGCUCUCAAAAUCCCAAACUCUGUAACGGUGUACACAUAAACACACACAC